AUGGACAAAAUCAAUACGUCCAAUGUGGUCCACCGCUUUGAGAAACGAAGCUUGCUCAUAGUGAUCAACUGCAUGGCUGGCCUCUCCAUCCUCUUCUUCGGCUAUGACCAAGGAAUGAUGGGUGGAGUCAAUACUGCCUACGAUUACUACACUCUUAUGGGCUUUGGCCAUCGAGGUCCUGACGGUGGUGUUGUUGUGACUAACUCCCUUCUUCAGGGAGGGAUCGUCUCGGUUUACUAUUUAGGAACAUUCGUUGGUUGUUUGGUCGGCGGCUCGAUUGGGGAUCGUUUCGGACGUAUCAAAACCAUAUUCAUUGGUGCUCUGGUCGCUGUUAUAGGCGCAUCGUUGCAAACAUCUGCAAUGAACCACAAAUGGAUGAUAUGUGCCCGUCUGGUCAAUGGUUGGGGAACGGGCAUUCUUAACGCAAUUGUUCCAGUUUGGGCCACUGAGACGGCUGAGCAUAAAUCCCGGGGCCAGUACAUCGCGAUCGAGUUUACACUCAAUAUCUGCGGUGUGGUCAUUGCCUAUUGGAUCGAGUACGGUUGCUCAUUCUAUGGCGACGGCACAUCCUCCUUCAUCUGGCGCUUUCCGAUUGCUUUCCAGAUUCCGAUGCUGCUUGGUCUCAUGGCUGGAAUCUCGUUCUUUCCAGAAUCGCCUCGUUGGCUUGUCAAGAUGGGAAGAAAUGAAGAAGCCCGGUACAUCCUGGGUAGGCUUCGUGGAAACACGGGAGAAGAGUGUGAGGUGGCUGAGGCCGAGUUCCAAGAAAUUGUUGCGUCUUGCGAGUUGGAGCGUGCAAACUUCCGUAGACAGACCUAUUUUCACAUGUUGCUCGGUAUUGGUUCCGGCAAGCUCCACACCCGUAGACGUGUUCAACUCGUUAUCUGGCUUCAAAUAAUGCAGGAAUGGGUUGGCAUUGCUGGUGUAACCAUCUAUGCUCCAACCAUAUUCGGCAUUGCUGGAAUUGGCCCCGAAAAGCGCCAGUGGAUCUCCGGUCUAAACAAUAUCUUCUAUAUGUUUUCGACUCUCAUAUGCGUCUUCACUCUCGACAAGAUUGGACGCCGCUGGACCUGUUAUUGGGGCUCAGUAGGGCAGGGUAUUGCAAUGGCACUCGCCGGUGCGUUCUCCUACCUAGGUCAGGAAGCCACCAAGGAAGCGGAUUUUACCAAGGCUACGCAAUAUGGGAAUGCCGCAGUUUCCAUGGUUUUCAUCUUUACCUUCGUUUUCGGCGCGACAUGGUUGACCGUUCCAUGGCUGUACCCAGCUGAAAUCUUUCCUCUCGAAAUCCGUGCUAAAGGUAACGCUUGGGGCGUCGUUGGCUGGUCAAUCGGUAACGGCUGGCUCACCCUUCUUUGCCCUAUUAUGUUCCAGCAGCUUGGCGAAAAGACUCUUUAUAUCUUUGCUGCCUGUAAUGCUAUCACGAUUCCCAUGGUCUGGGCAUUUUAUCCAGAGACCAACCAACGCACACUGGAGGAGAUAGACCUGCUUUUUGCCUCAGAUAGUAUCUGGAACUGGGAGGCUGAAAAAAAUUUUGCCAGGUUGCAUGGAGAAAUGACCGCCGGCAUGCUUGAUUCGGAUUCAAAGGGCGACGCUGAGCAGGGAUACAGCCAGAACCAAAGUCUAACUUGCGACAUGAAUCUUCACGUCGAGCAUAGCAAAGUCUGA